CAAGCUUUGGACGACACGGUCGAGGGGAGCUUGAGCUCAAGUGAUGGAGAGGCUCCCGAGGACGAAGUUAAUGAGAUGGUGCUGGAUCCAGGCGAGAAGUAUCAGUUCGUGGACGAGUUUCAACAGCGAGUUCAAGUCGCUGCCUCUCCAGCAGGCUGUUGCUUCGGCUCACGAGCCGGUUGAACUUCCCAGCUCGGAUAUAUGCUUUGAUAACUUGGUGGUGAAUCGGUCUGGCAGGCUCAAGGUAAAGCCUGUAGCUGAUGCGAACGUUCUCAAAUUUGGAGCCGAGACAACAGACCACAUGCUCCAAAUCUCUUGGAACGAGCAGCAGGGAUGGCUCUCCCCGGAAAUAAAUCCUCUGCAGCACCUAAAGCUUCAUCCUUGCGCACAAGUUUUGCACUACGCCACAGAAUGCUUCGAAGGCAUGAAGGCCUACAAGGAUAAAGACGGUCGGAUUCGCCUCUUCCGGCCUCUAAUGCACAUGAACAGGCUUCUCAAGUCCGCUCAGCGCCUAGCUCUUCCGGAGUUUGACAAGAUGGAGCUGCUUGACUGCAUCAAAGAGCUGGUCCGUCUAGAACGCGAUUGGAUUCCCAGCAAAGAAGGUUUCUCGCUUUACAUCCGUCCGGCUAUGAUCGCGACACAGGCGUGCUUGGGAAUUCAGGCCCCACGAGAAGGGAUGCUCUUUGUGGUCCUCUCACCAGUCGGUCCAUACUUUCCUACCGGUCUCAAGCCCGUCAAACUCUUUGUGGACCGAAGAAACGUCCGGGCAUAUCCAGGUGGUGUUGGUGAUAGAAAGCUGGGUGGCAACUACGCUCAGACUGUGCUCCCUCAGCUGGAGGCUGCCAAACGAGGAUGCUCACAGGUGCUAUACGUGCUCGAAGGGACGGAGAGAAUUGGCGAAGCAGGCUCCAUGAACAUCUUCUUUCUGCUGCGAGAUGGAACCAAGAGUGGCGCAAUGGAGCUCGUUACACCAGCUCUCGAUGGAACUAUUCUCCCAGGAGUUACCAGAGACACGGUUCUCAAGCUCGCCAGUAACAUACCGGGCCUCAAAGUCUCGGAGCGACCUUUAAACUUUCCAGAGAUUGAAGCUGCUGUUGCUAGAGGUGAUCUGCUGGAGGCAUUUGGCACUGGUACAGCGUGCAUGAUCCAACCUGUCGAAGGAAUGCUCAAAGAAAACGGCCAGCUCAUAAGCGUGCCGUUCAACUUGGAAGCGGCGAAUCAAUGGAUCUCGAGACAUGACUGUAAAACCCGAGAGAUCCCGUUUAAUCUGUGUGGAUACCUGACAAGAACGAUCUCAGAUAUACACUACGGCCAUGUUUCAAGCGAAUGGUCCGUUGUUGUAAAUUAAUCAACGGUUUUAGUUGUAGCUCCACAGUAGGAAGAUUGGCUUGAAUUCUUUGAAACACUUCCCAUCGAUUA